GCCAGGAUGAAUCGAUUCACGCCAGAUCAAAUUCGUGAAUAUAAUGACGCCUUUUGCGUGUUGGAUACUCAAAACAAGGGCUUUAUUUUAUGCACCCAAAUUCGCGAUAUGUUAAAAACAAUUGGUUAUAAUCCGACAGAUAAAGAUUUAGAGAAUCUAACGAUUGUUAUUGAUGAUGGAAAUGGUGAAAUUGAUUUCAAUGAAUUCAUGGAUUUAAUUGAUAAACUUGAAACAGAGGAGAAAAAUGUUCAAGAAGCACAAAUUGCAUUUAAUGCAUUUGAUUUCAUGGGUGAAGGGUUCGUUGCUGCUAACGAUAUAAAAGAAGCCUUAACUCAUAUCAUGGAGAAAGCAGAUGAAAAAGAUCUAGACGCUGUUCUAAAACAUUUUAAGUUGGAACAAAAUCGAAAAAUCAGUUUUCCAGAAUUUAAAGAUAUGAUGACUUUACCUGCUAAUAAAUAAAACACAAUAUAUCUCCUCUAAAAGACUUAUAUCACAACGAAAUCUCGGUAUAGAUUAUGGGAAAGAGCAAAGCACGGUUUCUUUGUUACGCAGUGUCAUUCGUGAAGAGUGAGCCAAUGGCACAAUUUUUUUGAUCUAUGUACAGGGCACUUUGACUGUACUCACAUGCGCAAGAGUGUACACAUAAAAUUUGGUACUUAUACAGAAAUACCACUGGGAAUGUUUUCAAAAGAAAACAACCUCGACGUUGUUUAUGUUGUUUUUGCAGGUAGCUUAAGUAUCCUAUAGAUACAUUGAGGAAUAAACUCAA